GAGCAGAACAGAGCCUGGCCCUGUCCUGAACACAGAUGGGACCAUGAGCUCCAGCCGUAGCUUUAGCCAGAACCAUUUAGCUUCCCUCCAUGGGAUCAGAGGCAACUGGGGCCAGCCAGGGAGCUUCCCCCGGGCCCCCAGCGUCCAUGGAGGUGCUGGAGGGGUCCGCAUCUCCCUCUCCUCCACCAGACCAAGCUGCCUACCCCCUCGAGGGUCUUGGGGGUCCGAAAGAGGUGGUUCCCUCCUAAGUGGGGAUGGAAAAGCCACCAUGCAGAACCUCAAUGACCGCCUGGCAACCUACCUGGACAAGGUGCGCGCUCUGGAGGAGGCCAACUUGAAGUUGGAAAGCCGCAUCCUCCAAUGGCAUCAGCAGAGAGAUACCGGCAGCAGGAAAGAUUAUUCUCAAUAUGAGGAAAACAUCAGCCACCUGCAAGAGCAGAUAGUGGAUGGUAAGAUGACCAAUGCUCAGAUCAUUGUUCUCAUUGACAAUGCCAGGAUGGCCAUGGAUGACUUCAGCCUCAAGUAUGAAAAUGAACACUCCUUUAAGAAAGACUUGGAAAUGGAAGUGGAGGGCCUCCGGAAGACCUUGGAUGAUCUGACCAUCAUCACAACAGACCUGGAACAGGAAGUAGAGGGAAUGAGGAAAGAGCUCAUCCUCAUGAAGAAGCGCCAUGAGCAGGAAAUGGAGGAGAACCCAGUGCCAAGUGACUUCAAGGUCAAUGUGAAGGUGGACACUACUCCAGGAGAAGAUCUAAUUAAGGUCCUGGAGGAUAUGAGACAGGAAUAUGAGCUCAUAAUAAAGAAGAAGCAUCAGGACAUUGACGCUUGGUUUAAAGAGCAGUCUACAGCCGUGUCCCAGGAGGUGGCCAGUUCCAGUCCAGCGGCUGUGCAGGGCAGCCAAAAUGACAUCCAUGAGCUGAAACGAACUUUCCAAGCCUUAGAGAUUGACCUGCAGACACAGCACAACAAGAAAUCUGCUUUGGAGCGCAUGUUGUCAGAGACGCAGUCCCGGUACUCCUGCCAGCUCCAGGACAUACAGCAGAUCAUCGCCCGCUAUGAGGAAGAACUAAGGCAGCUCCGCUGUGACCUAGAGCGUCAGAACACUGAACACAAGCUGCUCCUGGGCAUCAAAACCCACCUGGAGAAAGAAAUCGCCACCUACCGCCAGCUCCUGGAGGGAGACACUGACGGGACAAUGGAAGAAUCUGAGUGGACCAUGAAAGCAUCUGCAGCUCCCACACUCAAGGCCAUCACCCAGGAGACCGUCAAUGGAAGAAUCGUUCUUUCUCAAGUGAAUGAGAUUGAAAAGCAAAUGUGAGGCCAUUUUUUUUUAAAUUCUGCUUGUUGUAAAAACUAUUGUUCCCCGCCGUGGAAAGCACUUGCCUCCACGCUAAUGGGUGAGUCCUUAAAGGUAUUCAUGGAAUGAGCAAAUUCACAAGCUUGUCUUUUCUCUAGCAAUCUUACCAUGCUGUUCAUAUACUGCUGGAAUUUUUUUGAUCAAGUUUCAUGAAACUAAAACUCUGCUUUCUUACUACAAUCCUCAGAUUCCUGUCAAGAUGCAUCUUGGUUUGGAAUCAAUAAAACUCCCCACAUCCUG